AUGUGCGGGAAGAGCUGCAGGCUGCGGUGGAUGAACUACCUCCGCCCCAAUGUGAAGAGAGGGAAUUACAGUAAAGAGGAAGAAGAGACCAUCCUCAACCUCCACUCAUCCCUUGGGAACAGGUAA